AUGUCGAUAAUACUGGUAUCGAUGUUCCGGUUGCUGUUCCUGCUGCCUGUUCACAGUCUUGGGGGCAGUUCAAAUUAUAAUGUAACGGUUGUCGACGAUAUUUGGAACGCCUUCAGGGCUGUUACCAAUGACAGUGCUCUCCUUGACCACAUAAUACCGGAAAUGUAUGGUCCAAACAUGCAUAAUGUCAAUCCAAAGUUCGUAUUCCAAAUGCCGACCAGUGAACGCGACGGUUUUCAGACGCUGACAAUGCAGCGAUCCGAUUUUGCGAAACCAAUCUUUCCAAAUAUCACAAAGAGAUCAAAUAUUGCUGUUGACUCGGAUAUAAACAGCCUUGUGAAGUCUAGUCAGACAUUAUCGCCAUCAGGUGAAUGGCAUCAGCUCGGCCUGGAGGGCUGGGCAGGUGAGCUGAAGCCUCCAUUGGCUUGGCAGGAGCAAUCCCAUAAGGAUACAAAUCAGCAACAGCUCAGCCUGCAAUUGCCGGAAUAUCCCCGGGAUGAAAUUCUGCUGGAUUUGAAGAGCCAACAAGUUAACGGACGCGUUACGGACAUACGCGUUAUAGCCCCCAACCAGAAAGAGGCGAAUGCCGAUGAUCUCAUGAAUGGUCAGAAUGUAUAUUUAGCGCGUGCCAACGAUCCCUUUGGAUACUCCAUGAAGUGGGCCUUGAACAAUGACAGUCAGCGGGUAAAUGAACGCGGCAAACGGGAUGUGACCAGACUCUAUUCCAUGAUUAAGUGCUCCACAAGCUGCGAUCCAUUGAUCUAUAAGGGCUACGGCUGCUAUUGUGGCUUCGGGGGUCAUGGAGUGCCCACCGAUGGCAUUGAUCGCUGUUGCCGACUACACGACAAGUGUUACGAACAGAGCAACUGCAUCUCCUACCUGGAAUACUUUGUGCCGUAUGUGUGGAAGUGCUAUCGUGGUAAACCUCUCUGUGCCAUCGAUCAUGGUGAGUGGGGUGGACCAGAUUCUUGUGCGGCCCGACUAUGUCAAUGUGAUCUGCGUCUCUCCCGCUGCCUGCGCAAUUUCUAUUGCCCCAAUCGACGCGCCAUUUGCACCUCGUCCCGCUCCCGAAGAUUACAAAAUUUAAUAUUCUUCGACUGAUUUCUAACUGCUAAAGAAAUA